AUGCUGUCUAUCUUUUCACUCUUUGCUCUUCAGUCUUUACCAGCUGCUUUGGCAGCUUUUGGCUCCUCGGGGAACCUUAUUGUCGGUAACAAGUUCAUUUCCCCGGAUGGCUUCAACAGAUCCGCCGUGCUCGCUGGUAGUUCACGGAAUGGAUUAACCUUCCCUGGGCCAGUAAUCACUGGAAUAAGGGGCAGCCGAUUUAACCUCAACGUCGUGAAUGAGCUCACCGACCCGACUAUGCUUAGAACUACGAGUAUCCACUGGCAUGGACUCUUCCAACGAGGGAGUCAAUGGGCAGACGGCCCUGCGGGUGUCACUCAAUGUCCCAUUGUUCCAGGAAGCUCUUUCCUUUAUCAGUAUCGAGUUCCUGACCAGGCAGGGACGUUCUGGUACCAUUCCCACCACCAAUCCCAAUACUGCGACGGCCUGCGUGGAGCACUCGUCGUUUAUGACCCUCGCGAUCCUCAUCGUCGACUGUACGAUAUCGAUAAUGAAUCUACGAUCAUAACCCUGGCCGACUGGUAUCACGUCCCUGCCCCCUCUGCCGGUGUUGUCCCAACUUUCGAUUCCACCCUCAUCAAUGGCAAGGGCCGCUAUGCUGGCGGACCUGCUGUGGACCUCGCCGUUAUCAAUGUCGAGCGCAACAGACGUUACCGCUUCAGGCUCAUCUCCAUUUCAUGCGAUCCCAACUAUAUUUUCUCUAUUGAUGGUCACCAAUUGACUGUAAUCGAAGUGGACGGCAUCAAUGUCCAGCCCCACACUGUCGACUCCAUCCAAAUCUUCGUCGGCCAACGCGUUUCCUUCGUACUCCACGCAAACCGACCUGUGGGCAACUACUGGAUCCGCGCAGACCCCAAUUUUGGCACCACAGGCUUCGCCGGCGGAAUCAACUCUGCUAUCUUGCGAUACCGCGGCGCUCAGCCCGUCGACCCAGUUACCGAACGCCUCCCUUUCUCCAACCCUUUCCGCGAAGUUGACCUACGACCCCUCGUUCCCAAGCGCCCUCCAGGCCGGCCUGAAAUCGGAGGCGCAGAUAUUAACAUCAACCUCGAUAUUGGUUUUGACCCCAGCAGCAUCACCUUCUCGGUCAACAAUGCGACCAUGCUUCAGCCUACUGUCCCGGUUCUUUUGCAGAUUCUGAGUGGAGCUAGGACACCACAGGAACUCAUGCCCCAAGGCAGUAUCUACGUUCUUCCCAGGAAUAAGGUGGUCGAACUAUCGAUUCCUGGAGGCUCAGUUGGAAGCCCUCACCCGAUUCACUUCCAUGGCCACACGUUCCAUGUUAUCCGAAGCGCGGGUAGCUCGGAAUACAACUACUUCAACCCUAUCGAGCGCGACGUCGUCAACAUUGGCGAGUCGACUGAUAAUGUCACUAUCCGAUUCAAAACUGACAACGCCGGUCCCUGGAUUCUUCACUGCCAUAUCGAUUGGCAUCUGGUUCUGGGUCUUUCCGUUGUCUUUGCGGAAGAUGUUUCGAGUAUUGCUAGACUCAACGCUCCUCCUGCUUGGCACGAACUCUGCCCGAAGUACGAAGCUUUCGGGGAAGAGUAA